AUGACUUCGCACUCUUCUGAGAAAAGUAAACGUGCAAUGUCGAAGCGCAUACAGGUCGCAAAGCAGCCGAAACCUUUCCUUGGAGGUUUUGACACUAUCCUGAGGCUUCCCGGCUUUAUAUCGGUGGUCAAGGCCCUAACACUCAUCGCGACCGCGUCUGUGGUCUCGUUCGCGUCUCAGUUAGCUCUGGCACCUGUCUACGGUGACAUCCCGUCAUCCCUGUAUCACUCAAAGAUCUCGACGGCUGUCUUUGUUGCUGCAUGGUCCGCAAAGUACAGUCCGGUUAGGUUGCCGGGUAGUCUCAAGAACUUUCUACCAAUCAUUGCCCUGUACACACCUGCUAUACAGAGAUAUCUUUUCCGCUAUUCAGACAGCUGGGGUCCUAAGAGUGGCCCUAUUUAUACAGAGGGAACUACAUAUUAUCCCAUUCUUUUCCUGACGGUUCUACACUCGGCGCUUCUGCUGGAUCUUCGGAAUGUCAUCUUCGACUCUGUGUUGGGUGUACUCUCUUUGAGCUUUUUCUUGGGCGCGGAGUCCUACGUUCCCAGUCUUUUGAGAAACCACAUUGGAUCAUCAUGGAUCCUUACCAGAUGUGGUCUGCCACAAUUGUUUGGGGCGCUUUAUGCUCUGCUGUCGCCUUCACUUUUACUUCUCACGGCUAUUCCAGCCUUGUAUCAUACGGCGACAGUCAAUACAAUGUGUGUCACUACUCCUGCUCUUAACGAAACACUUGCUCUUUCAAACUAUACCAUGUUGGCUCGUCAGGAGUCAAACACUGGAUAUGUUUCUAUCCUUGAAAGUAAAACUGAAGGCUAUCGGAUUAUGCGGUGCGACCACUCUCUAUUGGGGGGUGAAUGGCAGAGAGCUCCUAAGGGGUUUGAACACCUUGACCUGGGAUAUAAAGAGCCAGUUUAUGCUAUUUUUGUGACUAUGGAGGCCGUAAGGCUUGUUGACCCACCACCCAAGAACCCCAAGCCAAGGGCAUUGGCUAUCGGAUUGGGGAUUGGUACUGCAGUAAACGGCCUGCUUUCACACGGGGUAGAGACAGACAUCGUUGAGCUGGAUCCAGUUGUCUACAAAUUCGCCAAAGAAUUUUUCGAAUUGAAACUGAACCACACAGCAUAUAUUGAAGAUGCAAUUGGCUUUGUUAAGAGAGAAGCAGCCGUGGAGAAAAACCGAAAGCAGUAUGAGUUCAUCUUGCAUGAUGUAUUCACUGGCGGUGCUGUUCCUGCCAGCCUUUUCACCAGCGAAUUCUUUAGUGAUCUACGGACCCUUCUCACAGAAGAUGGCGUCAUUGCGAUUAACUGGGCUGGUGACCUGAAACUGCAGGCCGCAAAGUCAAUCAUAAUGACAGUCAUGUCGACUUUUAACAAUUGCAGGGUUUUUAGAGAGGAUAUGCCUGAAAAAGAUGUCGAAACAGCUGCUGUUGACUUUACAAACAUGGUUAUCUUCUGUACCAGGUCGGAGAAACCCUACACUUUCCCGUGCCCCAACCAGGACCGACUUCCUAGGGUCAUAUGCGAGGGAGCAGUUUCUCUUUCCCAAAUAUGA